GUGUGUUCUGCCUUUAUUCGACUCCAAGAGUGGAUAUGGGUUGUAACAAAAUGAGGGCUUGUCUGGGAUAUAUUUAAUUCUGAUUAACUGGUGUUUGUCUGUCUUUUUUGGGAGUAGUGUGGAGCUUGCUAGUAGUGUGUCUCAGCUACCUUCAGUGCUAAGCAUUUUAUUGCAAAGCCCAUUUGGGAAGCUUGUGUUGUAAGCAUGAUUUGGUGGCAAAAUACCUCAGUGUGUCUUUCUCAUUAUUUGUUAAAACGAGACAUAAAUUCAAAGGUUGUUUCAAAUUUAGAGAAGUUUGGAUUGUUGGCUUCAUGGCUGGUGCCCCCUGUGGAGGGUGAGGAGCUUGAAGGGAAGGUUGAGCCUGAUGAGUCUUUGUUAGGAGGUAACUCCAGGUGGGAACGCUGCUGCAGCAGAAAUAAAGCCGUCUUUUUCAAUGCCACACUUUGACCCAUCCUCUCCCAGUUCUCUUGGAUCUAGAACAGAAGCCUGGCUGCAAGGCUGCCUAGCUGAUCUCCAGAGAGAAGCUGCAGCUAAGACUGAAGUGAAAUACAACCAGAAAGUUGGAGACUGAGCCUGAUAGAGUGGUGAGAAUCAGGCAGCUGGCACUAGAGGCACAUGGCAUGGCAGCUAUUACUUCUUUCUCGUCUCCUGCUCAGAGUUCCAAAGGAUCUGCAGGAGGCCUCAGGUCUGACUCACCAGUAUAGUGCAACCUACAGAUUGCUUCUGUGCCACAAUUUGCCACCAAAAAUGUGUCGUGCCUAUCACUCCAAUGUAAAUUACAAGGCAAAGCAAAGAAUAUUGUCUUCCAUAUCAGUAGAAGAAAGCAUGCAAUAUGAUCAAGUAAAGGUAAACCUCUUGCGAGCAUGUGAGUUGGUAAAGCAUAUAGGCAGCAUUUCUGCCAUGCAAAGAAAGUAUCAAGCUAGACAUUUGUUGAGUUUGCUAGGGAAAAGGAGGCUCUUUUUGACAAAUAGUGUGCUGCCAGUAAGACAACUAAUUUCCUAGAAGAGAUUAACCCUCUGGGGUCGACCAACACGCCGGCGCGUUUUGUGGCAUCUUCUACUGAUAACGCCGAAAGAACUUAAAUUACUCUGUCAGUUUUGAUCAUACAGAUAUGAGCAAUACAUCAUUCAAAUCUGUAAAGGGUCUACUUUUAUUUGUAUACACCCAUAAUAACAACAAAACGCUGUGCUUUUGUAGAACAAAGAAAACAGACAGGGUGCGUUCUGUCUUCUCUGUCCCUGUCACCUCUCUUCACAGACCCGUAAAUAAAACACCCUGAAUCUCAGCGAAUACUUGCCUCAAAGACAUGAGAAAUAUAUGUAUAGAAAGCUUGAGUUGUCUACUUCUAAAUUAAACAACUCAAGUUGAAAACAAAUUAUCUCUUUUUAUCUAAUCCGUAUGAAAGUAAGGAGUGGUACGGUUUCUCCUGUCUCACCUCAUUAUAGCUAAUGUGAUCUCGCCUCGCACUGAGCGUUCAUAUGGAAACGAUCUGAGGUGAGCCAGGUAAUUAUGUACACGCCUCCGAGAAAUGGCAUAAAACGUCAAGCUUCUUCACAGAAUUUACUCACUUUUUCUGCGCGUUUGGAUGAUGGCACGCUACACGGGUGAAGAAGCACUAUGGCUGGUUCUGGACAGCGACGAAGAGAUUACUUUCUCCUCAGAGGAAGAAUGCGACACGGAUGACGAGCGUUUGCAUUUUGAAGAGCGAGUGGACCCAGCGGAGGAUAUCAUUCCUGACGAACGUGAGAAAAACAGUGCAAAAGAAUCUGUGGCAAAGAGAGCCAAAGCAGAUAAGCAGCCCACUCUGUCACGGAACACAGAGACUGAUGUUGACAUGGCUCCGCAGGCUCUGAGAUUCCUGCCCACACGGGAACCUGGACCACAGCUAGACCCAAGACCCUGUGAGGCACACACUCCCAUGAGUCUCUUCAACAUGUUUUUUUUCUGCAACUGCUGUGUCAACUCUGUGUCGAAACACCAAUGCUCAGGCUGCCAGGGCACGUGCAAAGGGCCAUAAAUAUAAAUGGACAGACGUCAGCAUCAGUGAACUGUACUGUUACAUUGGGCUACUCUACUACAUGGCCAUAGUGAAGUUGAGGUCCAUCAGAGACUACUGGCGGCAGGAUAGUGUUUUCUCUGUUCCUUUUCCUGCCACAAUCAUGUCAAGGGACAGAUACCGCACCAUUUCAUGGAAUCCGCACGAGUCACCUAGAUGCAGACAAGGACAGUGCCCGAAAGAGGGGCACAGCUGAACACGACCGUCUUUUCAGGAUCAGACCCCUCAUGGACACUAUCCGGUAUGCAUGUAAGGCCAUCUAUCAUCCAAGACAAAAUUUGGCAGUGGAUGAAAGAAUGGUGGCAUGCAAAGCAAACACAGGAAUGACUCAGUACAUGAAAGCCAAACCAACCAGGUGGGGCUUCAAGUUGUUUGUUCUUGCGGACUCAUCAAAUGGAUAUACUGUAGAUUUUGCUGUGUACACAGGAAAGAACAACUUUCCCACAGCUGUGACAUCUCUGUUGGACAAUAGAGUUUUAGGCUCUGGGUACCAUGUAUACAUGGAUAAUUUUUACACUAGUCCCAAGCGUCUAACAGACUUGUUUGCUUUGAAGUUUGGUGCAUGUGGGACUUACAGAGACAACAGGAAGGAUUGCCCUCGGAAUGCAGCUAACUCACUCUCCAAAAAAUCUGUGAGGGGCUCCAUCAGGUGGAUUCGAGAUGGACAUCUUGUGUUUGUGAAAUGGAUGGACACACGAGAGGUGUCUGUCUGUUCCACCAUCCAUGCUGCUCAUACAGGAGACACUGUGCAGAGGAGGGUGAAAACACAAAAUGGAUGGAGGGCAAAGAGUUUUCCAUGUCCUGCAUCUGUGACUGCAUACAACCAGCACAUUGGGGGUGUUGACCUGUCUGAUCAGCGGUUACAGUACUACACCACACAGCACAAAACAAUGAAGUGGUACAGAAAGCUAUUUCUACACUUCUUGGACAUUGCUGCCACCAAUGCCUUUAUUGUACACAAAGAACAUUAUGGCACCAUGAGCCACAAGGAGUUUAUGGAAGAACUAAUUGCAGAGCUCUGUGGUGUGUCACAGAAAAUAACACCAAAACGGACCAGUGUUGACCAUGUGCCAGUUCCAGGAGCUGAGCAGGCCUCAGAUGCCACUGCUGGUCGCCGGAUCUGUGUGCUUUGCAAAGCAAAGCAUGGUAACAGCCAGGACACUCCUUGGAAAUGCCAGGCAUGUGAUAUUCACUUGUGUGAAAAGGAACUGUUUCCUAGAGUGGCACAAAGAUGUAUAGCUGUAUAGAUGUAUAGCUGUUCAAUUCUGUGGGCUUCAAA